AGAAGAUCAGAAAGCAAAUUCAAUUCAAUGGCUUGUGUAGCUGUAAACUCUCUUGUGAGAACUAUUGAGCUUGAGUUCUUGCAACCUCAACCUCGUCCAAUCGUACUACAAAAGCAACUCAUCCCUGGCAAUGAAGACUUGCUCCAAUCUCUCCUCCAGAAGCUUGAUGAUCUGAUAGAGCGGUUCGAUGAGAACAGAAUGGAUGGUAUUCAAGCCAUUAAAGACUUGGAAACUAAGCUCAGAGAUGUAGCUUUCAGAGUAGAAGAUGAAAUUGAAUUUCAAAUUAAAGAUGUUUAUGUUGCAGAAGAAGACGUCUUCGGAAUUGAAGAUAUUUUUGCGGAGCGACCACAAGGGGAAACUACUGAUGCCCAAAGAAGUUGGCAUUCUCUCAAACUUGGUUGUAUUUUGGAAGAAGCAAUAAGAGACAUUGAUGCCAUCCACAAUGAGUUGUCCAAAGUGAAGGAGUACCAGCGUGUGAAAGCCAACUCGCAUGGAAGGAAAACAAGUACACUUGCAGCAGCAGCAGCUUCCACCAGAUGUGAUGGAGUUGUCAUGAUGGGGGCUUCACACUCCCAGCCCCAGGACAAUAUAGUAAUGGUGGGGAAAAACAAUGAGUUCCAAAUUGUAAAGAAGAUGUUAAUUCAGCAUUCAUCAAGGCAACGGGAAAUUGUCUCCAUCAAUGGUAUGGGAGGCAUUGGCAAAACAACGUUAGCCAGACGAGUUUAUGAAGAUUCAUCAAUUGCCUUCCACUUUGACAAGCGAGCUUGGGUUGUUGCAUCACAAUAUCAUAAUAAGUUACAAAUGCUCACAGAUCUUCUUAAAUCAAUAGGGGUUGUAGUGGAUAGCAGCACUCAAGAGGAUGAGCUAGCUGAUCAACUAUACAAAUAUCUGUUGCAUCAAAGAUAUUUUGUUGUGAUAGAUGACAUUUGGAGCGUUGAUGCUUGGGAUUCUAUCAAAGCUUGCUUUUCAGAUAACGCAAAUGGCAGUCGAGUAUUGUUGACUACUCGCUUUGCAAAUGUGGCUACUAGUAUCGGCUCUAAUAAUGACUUUUCUCAUCAAGCACAAUUGUUAGAUCAAACUGAGAGUUGGAAUUUAUUCGGUGAAAAGGUAAGCAAAUUUGGUUAUGCUGAGUUUGAGGCGAUUGGGAGACCCAUCCUUAAGAAAUGCAAAGGUUUGCCUCUGGCAAUUGUUGUUGCUGCAGGUUUAUUUUCCAAACUUCAUACACUAGAUGAGUGGAAGAAUGUUGCAAAAACUCUAAAUUCAUCUACAACAACAACAAUUGAUGAAGAAUGCUCAAGGAUACUCUCAUCGAGUUAUAAUCACUUGCGUCACAGUUUGAAGGCUUGUUUUUUAUAUUUGAGCAUAUUUCCAGAAGAUGAAGAUAUCCAUGUUAAAGAGAUUGUAAAGUUAUGGAUUGCUGAAGGACUUGUAAAGGCAGAUGAUGAGGAUAUGAGCUUUGAUGCGGUGGCUAGAAGGCACAUUCAAGAAUUAAAGGAUCGGAACCUAAUUCUUGUAAAGAAACAAAGUAUUUGUGGAAGAAGAGUAAAGACAUUUAGAAUGCAUGAUUUAGUGCAUUCUUUUUGUGUGAGUGAAGCUAAAAAGGAAAACCUUCUGCAUUAUGUUGUCGAUAGUAAAAAAUAA